CCGAAAAGAAACAGAACAGUCAAAAUUUCAAAAGCUCUGAAAUCAUCUCUCUCUCUCUCUCUCUCUCUCCCCCCUCUCUCUCUCUAAACCUAAAGCCACUCCGUCCGGCGGCUCGGAUUCGCGGCCGCGGGAGAAUCUCGCCGACAUUCCGGCGACGGCGGACACUGAUGAGAUUACUUGACGCCGUGCCGUGUCCUUAGGUGCGAUUCUUCUCCGAGGUGGCAUUCGCCGGUCCUCGCUCACUGUGCCUGCUGAAUUUAGUCGGUGAUUUCGGAGGCGGACAGCUGCUUCGAGUUUUCUUCCUCGAGGAGUGAUGGAGACGGGCGAAACGGUGUCGGAGGUCGCUCCGCGGAAGCUGGCCAGGCAGCUGGACUUCACCGCGGCUUGCAGGAAUUCUGCCAAUGCGGCAUCGCCGGAGCAACUCCGGCGGUCGUCGGAGCCGCGGAAUCCGUCGCGGUUACAGUUGGAGCUGCAGUUACGGUCUGGUUUGGGGUUGGAGUGUGAGUCACAGUCACAGCCGCAGCAGUCGUCGUCAGUGUCGCAGAAGCCGGCGCAGUCCCAUUCACAGCCACCGGAACGGCUAGUGCAGUUUCCGUUACAGUUGCAGCAGCCUUUGCCGCAAUCACCGGUGCAGUCAUCUUCACAGAUGCUGGUGAAGUCACCGCCUUUGCUACCUCGGAUACCACAUCCCGCGCACAGACCUCUGUCACCAGCCGCACAGGAUUCGCAGCAAGAAUCUCCCAUAUCACGCAUAAGGUUAAGUAGUGAAGUGAAAGGAGGCACACCCAAGAAACAGAAGAGAUGUAACUGUAAAAGUUCCCGGUGCUUGAAGCUGUACUGCGAGUGUUAUGCUGCUGGGAUGUAUUGUGAUGGUUGCAACUGCACCAGUUGUCAGAAUAAUGUGGAAAAUGAGGCUGUCAGGCAAGAGGCAGUUGAAUUAACUUUAGGGAAGAACCCAAAUGCGUUUAAACCAAAGAUUGAUAGCAGUCCAUUACGGUUAAAGGAUUGUGGGGAUGAAGCAGAAGCAGUUCAAAUAGUUGGAAAGCAUUACAAAGGUUGUCAGUGCAAGAAAUCAGGAUGCCUCAAGAAGUACUGUGAGUGCUUCCAAGCUGGUAUUCUGUGCUCCGACAAUUGCAGAUGCAAGGACUGCAGAAACUUUGAAGGAAGCAAAGAACGAACAGCUCUUUAUCAUGUUGGCCACGAUAGCAUGGCUAACAUCCAACAAGCAGCCAAUGCGGCUAUCUGUGGUGCUAUUGGUUCCUCUGGUUAUGGUGUCCCUCCUACACUGAGUAGAGUUAGUAUGUUCAGUGGAACAACAAAUGGCAAAUCCAUGCAGGGAAGUGCUAAACUUCAACAGGAAGACAACCGUAGAGCAUCUGCUGCUUCACUUCCUGUCUCUGCAGCUGACACUGCCAAUAUAGCACUCCGAUAUUCCAAGUACAGAUCACCGCUGGUGAAUAUUCUCCAACUACAAGAUAUAAAGAAGCUCUGCUCACUUCUGGUUGUCACUUCUAGAGAUGCUAGGAAAACACAUGCAGAGAAAGAACGCAAGUUUGGUGAGCCAGCAGAGAGGAAUGACCUCAAACUCCCGGUUUCUGAGCCCAGCCAAAGAACGGAUUGUAGUCAGAAGGAUGGUGGCAUUUCCGGAGAUCACUUUUGUAGGAUCGGAUCCCAAAGAGAUGAAACUAGUAGCUCUGCAUCAGAUGUAGAUAAUAAGCAGAAUGAGAGGCCGAUGUCUCCUGGAACUCUCGCUCUAUUGUGUGAUGAGAGAGAUUCUCUAUUUCUCGAAGAAGGGUUGCAAGAGGGGACUACCGAGCGUACCCGAAUCACAAGUAAUAAUUCAUAUAGAUGUGACUCCACAAUCUAUGCAGAACAGGAGAAACUCGUCUUGACAAAUUUCUGUGAUUUUCUUACCAAGCUCAUCAGUUUGACUGGUGGGAGUACUGACGGUACGGCACUGAGACCAGCACUCCGGACUGAGACCAGAAACGAGCAAAAUCCAGUGGCUAUGGACGUGAAUGGUGGAAGCAAAAGGAAGGAACACAGCGAGGAGCCUUACUCCAAUGGCACGGUAGCCUUUCCAGCUGCAUCAACUAAACAAUCGUCUCAGGCAGUCAUUGGAGGUGUAACCUCUAGUCCCGAUCCAUUUUUGAACAUUGGAUUGUCGAUAGGGAAUGGGCAAGGAGAAAUCAGAGAUCAAGAUUGAGAGCAAGGUUUGAUUUCAGCUGACAAAGGGAACAAAGCUUGACCGUGAUAUAGUAUUCUUUCUUCGGGGGAACAAAACUUUACCAUGGUAUAGUAUAUAUUCUUUCCUCGGCAGUUUGGGUUUCUCUUGCUUCAUUCACAUUCAUUCUCAAGUCCAAUGGAUGUUGUCGUAUGAACAUUUCAUUGCGGCUCUGCCACAUCUCUUUGCUUCGCCACAGAAAGCUCCUUUAUAAGUGUUUUGUUUUCCUUUU